AUGGAUAAAUCAAAAUUGGUUUAGCAUACAUCAUCUUUGAAUACUAAUCUAUAAUAUUAUCUAAAUAAGUUUGAAAAGAACCAAGAAUGGGCUGAUAUUGCUCCUUUAUUGAUGAAAAUCGAAGGAUUGUUGAAAUAACAUCCAUCUCCAUAUAUAAUCGAAAAAAUUCAAUUAAGCAAGAGAUUAGCAUAAUGUCUUAAUCCUCAUGUAUGAAUUUAUAAGAUUAAUUAGCUUUCUGCACCAAUCCAUAUGUCAGUAUUAAAGAUCUAUGAUCAAUUAUUCAAAAAUAUGGCAAACUUUAGUGUAGAGGGAGAUCCAUCAGGAGUAGUGAAAUUGUAUUUAGAAGAUCUUGCCCUAUAUUCAAUUGGAUUACUUCCUUUUUUUUCUAAUGCUUCUUCAAAAGUAAGACCAUAAUUUUUGGAUCUCAUUAAAUAACAUUAUGUUCCUUUGGGAAGAGAAUUAAUACCAAUGUUACCAGGAUUAGUUGCUAGUAUAUUGCCAGGCUUAGAUGAUCAAUAAGAAACUAAUCAAAAAAAAUGCAUGAGUGUAUUAGAUGAAUUGAGUCAAUCAGCAGGUAGAAAAUUCCUUAUUGGAUCAGUAUGGAUGUCAAUGCUUAGAAGUCCUAAAUGUAGAAGGUAUAUAAUGUAAAUAUGAUUAUAGUUCAUCUAUUAAAUACUUAUCUCAAAAGAUACCUAAAAUGUAAUAAGAAUAAGAGGAUGAACAAUCAGAUUAUAUGAGUGAUGAAUAUGAAGAAGAAGAGUAAUAAAAAUCAUAAUCAAUUGCAUAAGAAUAAUAACAAAAUUAAUUGAAAGUGACUCAAAAUAAUCAAGAUAUAGAAGACAUUAAGGAUGAUUCUAUAGAAUAGAUAAUGGAUAAUAAUGCUUAGAAUGAAAUAAGAAAGAGAACUAUUGUAGUAGAAUAGAGUAUGGAAUUGAAACGAAAAUAAGCUUUGAUGAUGAUUGAAGAUGGUAUCAAUGAUGAAACAUAUGAAAACAAUUUUCCAUCACUUCAUGUGGCUGCAUUAAUUUCCUGUUUGGAUGAUGAAAAGUAUUAUUAAAAAUUCUAUAUAGUUAAUUAAUUAAGAGAUAGGCACUUGAUAUGAUGUAUACACAUUUGAAAUCUAAUGGUAUUAAAGAAAAUAAAGAGAUUUUGGUUGAAGCUUCAUUGAAGUUGUUAAUAAGAAAAGAUCUAUCAGUAACAAGAAGAGUAAACUAAUGGUUAUUUGGUAAACCAGAUAUGGAUAAUAAGUACUAAAUAACUGAACAAAAUAAAGAUAUACUUUAAUAUGUUGUGGAUUCAUUUAAUAAAUUUUUAUAAUAAGAAGCCAAUGAGUAGAAUGCUGUAUUUCCAAUAAAAUUAUUGUAUAAUUUUUUUAUGGAACAUGAUCAUAUGGUUGAAUUAUUAAUUGGACAAGUUUCAUUUAAUUUAAUUAAAUAUGUUGAAAUUAAUCACAAAAAAUAUCCAGAAAUAGUAAAAUCUUGUAAAAGAUUAUUAGAAUCAAUUACAUCAUUUUUGUUGAUUGUUGUUAAUGAGGUUAGCAAAUAAUACAACAUAUAUAUAAACUUUUUAUUUUCUAUUCUAAUCACUAAAGAAGAUAAUUUCGAAAAGUCUAUAGAAUUCACCUUAUUACGUAGUGCUGCAGCUAAUUUAAUGACUUGUUUAUCAAAUUUUUCACCUGAAGAAUUAAGAAAAUAAUCUCCUGGUUUAACAUUAAAUAAAUUGUUAGUCAGAAUGGAAUAAUUACCUUAAUAAUAGGAUAAACAAUUAGUAAGACCAUAAGAGAUUUCAAAUUAUGAUGAAGCCAUAGAAUAAUUUGGAUAGUUAUAUUAAAAAUUAGCUGAUGUAAUUCUUGAUGGAGAUGAAUAAAUAAGAAUAGAAUUUGAAUCAAUUAGUAAAUCAUUAAUUAAGGGAUUAAGAUUUAAAUAAAACAAAGAAGUUCCACAAUUACCAAAAUGGUUUACUUCAAUAACAAAAAUUAUAAAAGAAGAGAAUCCAUCAAUUUCUUUAUUAGCUAUAUAAAGUAUGAUUGAAAUUUUAAUAUCUGAGAAAGUUGAUAUUAUAUAUGAAAAUUUAAAGAAAUUAAUUGUUGAAGAAAGUAGAACUAAAAUGUUGAAGAAUUAAAUCAUUGAAGGAUAAGAUUAUACAAAACUUACAUUAGAGAAAUUAUGGAAUCUUCUUGAUUACCCUUUUUUUCAUGAAAGAAUUAUAGAGAUGAUUGUUAAUUUAUCAAAAGUAUUCCCAACAUUUUUUACAGAAGUUGUAAUUCAUUAAUUUAAAAAUAUGCAAGAAGCAGCUAUCAGAAGAUUUGCUUUAUUUUGGAAAUUAAGUGCAACACAUUAUAAAGAAUUAUAAGAUCUAAACAAAGUAGGAUUAUUUUUAAUGCUUGAUUUUUUGGAUCAUGAAAAUCCAAUCAUAAGACAUAAUGCUAAAAAUUGGUUAUUAGAAUCAACAGGAAUGUUAGAAAGAAUUUUAGAUCCAUUAUUUGAAGUUCUAAUUUAAAGUAGUUCAUCUUGGUAUUUAACUGACAAUCAAUAAAUAUUCUUUGCAAAAGUGUAUGAAACUAAAAGAAUUAAUGAAACCAUAAAAAAAUUAAAAUCUAUUCUUAUAUCAUUUAGUGCUAGAUUUAUGGAAUAUGUAUAAGAGACUGAAAUCUCAUCUUAUAUAAAGGAUAUUAGAAUGCAUUUUACAAGUGAAAGUAGUGUAAUCAUGUAAAAAGAUACUAUGAUGUAUUUAGAUUUAUUAGUCAUUAUUUGUUUAAAAUAUGUUCAAGGUUAAGCUAUUGAGAGUAUGUCUUUAAAAUUCUACAAAGAGAAUGCUGCUGUUAAUGCAUCUGCAUGUGAAUACAUUGAAUUAUUGAUUGUUAAUGUUGAAAAUCCAAUUGUUUCUUUGAAAUUUGCUGAAUAUAUUAUGUAACCCUUAUAGAUUGUAUUGUAUCAUGCAAUAGAAAAUGAAGAUCUAGUAAUGUAAGUGUAAAUUCUAAAUUUGUUUAAAGUCAUUUUUUUCAAUUCUUCUUUUAGAACUAAAUUUUAACCAGAAUAAAGAGAAUUAAUAGAAGAUACUAUGAGUAGAUCAGUAAGUAAUAAUAUUUUCAUUCCUACUCUUUUAAGAGGAAUGCAUACACAUGUUCUGUAUGUUAGAGCAUAAUAUAUUCAUUUCAUUAGUACAUGUAUACCUUUAUUGGCUGAACAUUUGAGAUAAUAAACAUUAACUGAUUGUGUUCAAUAAAUUUUGACUGCUUAUUUUAAAAUGAUUAAAGAUAUUGCAAAUAGAUAAUAUGAAUAAUAAAAAUCAGAUUAGAAAAUGAAUUAAUUUGAUUUUUUAUAAGGAUCAUCAUAACAUGAAAUUUAAUCUAUUUUAAUUGGAGUUAAAACUAUUUUAAAACAUAUUUUAGGAUUAUAAGAAAGAGAUGAUAUGUUUUAUGAAAAGAUGAAAGAAGACAAUACUGUUUUUAAUACUGUAAAAUCUAUGAUAACAUUUGGAUUGCUAAAUGUUUAAGAUCAAAAUAAAACAACUAAAUUAAUAUUCUAAAAGUUUCAGAAUACUUGUGAAGUCAUUAUGUCAACAUUACCUUCCAUUUUAGAAUUAUAUAUAAAUUGUUGGUCAUUAGGAUAAGAUUUUAUCAAAUAUUCUGAUACUUUAACUGCUAUGGGUAUUGGAUCUUAUUCAUUUGAUAAAUUCAACUCAUUUAAUAAAAUUCUAUAAGAAUAAUAAACCAAAGAAACCAAUAUAGUCAAACCGUAAAUCUUAUAAAUGAUGAAACCAUUAUUUAUGAGUUACUCUAAAUAAUUUAUGACAGCAUUACUAUCAGUAUGGAGUAAUUAAAUCAACCUAUUACAAAGAUUAUUUUUUGAUAAUGAAUAAAUUUUGAUUGAUCCUUUUUCUCUCCAUCAAAACACAUUCUUAUUAAAGACUAUUGAAAUAAUGAUUAUGAUGCAAUGUCCUAUAGAACUAUUUUUGGAUAGUCUAUUGGAAUCAUAAUAAUUACAAGAGUUGCAAAAAUAUUAUGAUAUAUAUAGAAGAAAGAAAUUAACAACCACAAUGCUAAAUUUUUAGAUAUCUUAACAAGAAACAAAUAUUCUAUACUUUUUAUAUUGUUAUUUCACUUUUGUUUAAAUAGAUUCACAUUAAUUAAAAAAAGAAAAUCUUCUUCCGUUUUGGAUAUAAACAAUGAAAAUUCUAUAGAUACUUGCUUUAUCUAAAUCUCCAAGUACAAAUAUGUGGUUAUUGGAAUUGUAAUUACUAUUAACUCGUAAAUAUUCACCAAAAGAAAUAAUUGGAGAUCAAAGAUUUAGAAAUCAACAUCAUGAAUUUAUAAAUGAUAAAUUAAAAUAUGUGGCAUAAUUUGGAGGAAAAUUAAAUAUCUUUUGGAAUGAUCCAGGUUAAAAACCUGAAGGAGAUGAUUUGUAUCAAUAAUAUUCUAUUAAAUUUAAAGUAGUUACUCCUUUAACUCCAACUCUAUAUGAUAUUUAUUUGAAUGUUAUAAAAUCACUGAAUAAAGAACUUCAAUAUGAAGUUACUGAUAUAGAAAAACUAAUAUUUAGUUAACUUAGUAGUGUAACUGAAGAUUUUAUUUAGACAAAAUAUCGAUUAAUGUGUAUAAAAACACUUAAAAAUGUCGCUUUAGAAUUGCUCUAAAAUUCAUAUGCUGUUGAAAAGACAGAAAGAGUUGUUUUGAGAUGUAAGGAAAUGAUGGAUAUUUUAUAUCCACUUUUAGAAAAUAGAAGUCAAUAUAAUUAGAUUUAUGUUUAAAUUAUUUCAGAAAUGUUAUAUUUUCAAUUAGAUAAAGCAAGAUAAGUCUUAUUAAAAGUUUAUAAAGAUUCAAUAUUAAACAUUUUCAACAAAGAGGAUUUUUUUAUAUAAUCUAAACAAACUUUAAAGUAUUGGACUAAGAUUAUUAAUUGGGUUGUAUAAUAUGGUAGAAGUGAUUUAUUCACUUAGUAUUUGGAGUAGGUUGCUCAAUAAUCUUCAUUUUUCUUUAGUAGAGAGAGUGAAGAAAAUAAAAGAAGAAUUAAAACAUUUGAAAGAAUUUGUUUUCUUAUAUUUAGUGGAGAGAGAGAUCGUUAUACAAAGAAAUUAGAUUUGUUAAUUGAAAAGAUUUCAGAAGUUAUUAAAUCAGAUUCUGCAAAUCCUGGACUUGUUAUGCUUAUAUUAUUUUGUGUAAGAAUUCUUAUUUUGAGAUUAUCACCAAUUUAAUUAAAUGAAUUAUUUAGAAAUAUGUGGCCAACACUACUUACUUUAUUAAUUAGUAUUUUUAAAAAUAAACAAUCAAAUUAAAAUUUAGUACUUGCAGCACUUAAAUUAGUAGAAAUGAUUUCUUUCAUGUAAUAAGAUGAAUUUUUCCUACAUUAAUGGAUUUUUAUUUAUGAUUAUUUUGGAAUUAAGAUAUAAGAAAAUUAAGGAAUAGGAGUACCAAUUACUCCAUUUUUGUAUUAACCAUAUUGUUCAAAUUUCUUAUUUUAACAAUAUUAAGUUGAUUAUAGUAAAGUUGAAUAGACAAAUGUGACUGAUCCUUAAAAGAGAGAAAUAAUAAUAAAGUAAAUCAAAGUAGAUGGACAAUAAUAAUUGGAAGAUAUUUCUUUGUAAUUGUGUAACUAUCUGGUGCAAUUGAAUAGUAUAAGAAUAUACACAGUGAAUGAAGAUAUCGAAGACUUGAUAGAGAACGAUUUCAUCUAAUUAGAUUAGUUUAUUUAUGAAUAAUAAUGAUUAAUAUAUGUUUACUUUAUCAAGAGAAAAAUUUGAAAUUACAUACACCAGCAAAUUGAUAUCCAUUCCAACAUGCACUUGCAUAUUAGUAUACUUUGGUAUAAUAGUGAUACCAUUUGUACUAGUUUUUGCAUCUGAAAGUAUUCAACUGACUAAUAAGACUUCUGGAUCAUGGUAUCCACAUUAGAAGAAUAAUUGGACAUAGAAUAUGAGGGAUUUCAUUUUGUAAACAUCAUUACAUCAGAUGAUGAAGUGUACCAUUUUACAAAUCAAAAAUAUCAAAAUAUAGAAGGCUCUGAAUAAUUACUAUCAUAUUAAUAUAUGUCAUUGCAAGGAUCAAAAAUAUCAGUAAAUUAUGAUUAAUAAUAUAAUAGGCAUUGAUGGAUGACAUAAAUGCAGACAAUAUUCCUGAAUAACUUAAUUUUGAUAUGUAAUUAUUCACAGAAGCAGAUAAAAUAAAAUAGAUUACAAUAUUAUUACCUCUAAAAUGUUAUUUUGCAAGUUUACAUUUCCAAUUUGAUUGUUAUUUAUAUUUUUAAGAAUCUGAAAUAAUCAAUGGUUAAGGCUUAUCAUAAUUGUAAAUAAUGGGAGAAAUUUAAUUUUAUCAAUAAGAGCCAUUGCCAUCAAGGUAUAUUUUUGAAUUUAUUAUGAUAGCAAUUUUGAUAUUAAUUAUUAUUCAGAAAUCUUAGUUGAUAAUCAUCUAAAUAGUCAAUGGAUGAGUGAAAUGCUUUAAUAGAUUUAUACAAGAACAUAUUAAAUUCGUCCUAGAUAUAUUAGUAGAAAAAUAGGAGGCAAUUCUGAAAAACAAUUAAGAAUUAGUAUCAAUUUAGACAAUAAUAAAUUAUAAAUAAUUUAGAGAUGGGUUAGUUUGUUAGCAAUAAUGAAAUUAGCAUGGCUUUAAUAUUUUUCAGUUUUCAUAAUUAUUUGGAUUAUUGGAAGAGAGUUUUUGAUUUUUCUAUUUAGAUUUAGAAUAGUUGAUACUAGCAAAGUGGAAUAAUUAUGA